CGCUUCUUCGCAACCCCAGUUUUUCUCUCUGCUCUAUCGAUUUACAAGGUGCUGUAUCGAAUCCGGCAGCCCGUGACCCGGAAGCGUUCCGCGCUUCACCAGGACGCUCCGACGCGACUGCAGUCUGGGGCACGGCUCGGCGGCACAGUUCUAUUUAUUACCACCGCCAGCGUUGCACUGAACACCAACUUACUCUAACGAAACCGGUACUCGAAUAUAACCUUGGAAUCUCAGCGUCAAGUCGUUGGCGGAACAUGGCGGCCGACUUGGAAUAUGAAUGGAGACGGACCCUCGACGAAGAGUACGGUCUCGAGACCAGGGAGAACGUCGAGCCGCCCAAGGACAGACAACUGAGGGUUAGCCCCGCUGCCAUUGAGUUCUUGACCGCUCAGGGGCUUGACGCGGGAACGCUACUCCAAGAUCCUAUUGUGCAGCCACCUCCCGUGGAUGAUACCUUCCCUCUGACCAACUACUUCAUAUCAUCAUCUCAUAAUACCUAUCUACUAUCUCGGCAGAUCCUAGGAAGGUCAUCUGCUGCAUCCUAUACCCAUGUCUUGACCCAUGGAGGACGCUGCGUUGAGAUCGACGUCUGGCCCUCCGCGCAGGGGCCGGUUGUUACCCACGGACAUACCUUUUCAAAGUCGGUCUCCUUUCAAGCUGUCUGCCUUGCAAUCGGCGAUGAAGUCAAGGGAGGAGACUGGCCUGUCUUCGUCAGCCUGGAAUGUCAUGUGCCUCCCAGCGGUCAGGAUGAACUCGUCAACAUCAUGAAAGGUGCUUGGGGAGAGAAACUGGUGGAUGGCCGCCUUGAGCUUCAAGACGAAGAUGAAAGGGCGCAUGUCUCCCCGAGGGAUCUGAAGGGGCGAAUACUACUCAUGGUUGAGUACUAUCCGGGCAAAGAGAGCAGCCUGGUUGCGCGCGAACCUGACGAAUCCUCUUCAUCGCUAUCGCCCAUCUCCUCCGAAGACGACCUGUCCACAGGUGCACAAUCCGGCGCCGAAGACCUGGAGACGAGAGCAGCCCGUAAACGCAAGUCAGGGACUAAGAUUGCCGACUCCCUUGCCGCGCUCGGGUUCUAUGCCAGGAGCAUGAAACCCGGAAAGAACUGGCUGCAACGGGAUAUUAGCGAUCCUCGUCAUGUUCUCAUCAAUAUAUCUGAGACGGCGUUAUCCAAGCUUUUACCUCACUCUCUUUCUGAUCUUAUAUCGCACGCGGAGCGCCAUCAACGCAGAGUGUAUCCAUACGGACUACGAGUUGGCUCUAGCAAUCUUGAUCCCUUGAAGUUUUGGAGAAAUGGCUCACAGAUCGCAGCACUGAACUGGCAGACAUUUGACCGGGGAAUGCAGAUGAACGAGGCGAUGUUCAUUGGAAGUCCCGGAUGGGUUCUCAAACCCGGCUCCUUACUUGGGAUGUCAGGCAUCAAGAGCCGUCUCCGGCUCACAGGGGACAUCAUGUAUCUCAGUUCCCUACCGCUCCCAGAAGGCAAGAAGGAUCUUACAGCGUACGUCAAAGCACAGCUGUUCCAUUCCAACGGCGAAGAGGAGUGGAAGUCUGGUAAAUGCAAGGCGAAGCGCGUUGACGGGAAUUCGUCGAUCGCCGAUCUAUCGUGGAAUGAACGUCUUCAAUGGGAGUAUGACUCGGAUGAACUCGUUUUCGUUCGGCUUCUGGUCAUGGAAAGCCAGUUCGGUCGCGACGAACGACUGGCUGUGUUCUGUGCUCGCGUUGACUUCCUUCAACAAGGCUUCAAGAUGAUCAGACUGCUGAACAUGAAGGGCAAGCAUACAGACGCUUCGUUGCUAGUCAGGUUUACUAUAACUGUCGUGGAGUAAUUCCGCAGCUGAUUCUAAGUUAUCUCCGAAAUAUACGUGAAUCCACC